AUGAAACUCGAAAGGAAAUUAGAAAAUUGCUAUUUACGCGCUGCGAAAAGACGGAGAUAAAUUUGCGAAAAUAUAGAAUACUCGGUGGCGCGUUACAUAUCGGUUUAAUUUAUCAGCCGCCGCAACCCAAAGACAUGGGACGAGAGAUUACGCUUACCACGUUGCAAAUUCCUAAAGAAUUGAAAUCUGUACCAUUUUCCAAACCGUAUAAGGCGCCGCCGCCGGCACCAGAUUCUGAGAGAACACCUGAAGUAAUCGAAGCAGAAAUGAAAGCUUUGGAGGCCGCAAUGGAAGCACUGGUUUUAGUAACUUUAAAGCUUCCUAGCUCUAUUAUUUGGUUUGAACCGCCAUUAGUAGCACACUGGAUACCUGAAAGGAAAAUAUGGUCUACCCAGGAUGUACACGACAUAAAAUACAACGAAGAGAAGCAGACUAUCACGUUUAGAACUGGCAGAUUAGGUGUUCACGGCCUCGCUACUUUUAAGUUUAUUAACAUCCCCUUCCAAAGUUGGGAACUCAAGCCUGAAAUUGGUAGAAAUGCACGCGGUGGUAUUGUGCUCAAUGUGUCCGCUGCUAUCGUACAAGCAGAAUUUAUAGUUAGGGAGAACUUGGUCUGCUUAAAUUCGUUGGCUGGUGGUAUGUCGACGGCACUUAAAGCGAUUAUUGGAGAAUAUAUGAAACUACAUAUUUUGAUUGAGAAGAUGCGCGAUGCUGGAUGCGAUCUAUUUCCAGAGCGAGACGCCUUCAGUUAUAUAAAAGCUCUUCCAGUAAAGCAUCCAGUGACUGAGAGGCAUCUUCGAGAAUGCAUGGCUCUACUUUGCACAGCAUAUACGUUCUCUUGGUCACGCUGGAACGCUAGUCGACAUUCCAGAGAAAUCGUUAUACAAUUCAAGGAACUUCACGGAUGUGUUGCAAAAGAAGUAUCAAACAUUUAAUUAUUUCAUCUUUAUUGUAAAAUUGAUUGUAAAAUAA